CAGCCACCAAGCGUUCUAUGCGCUGUUUGUAUAACAACAAUGCUACCCCGGCCACCAGGUGAAGUAUUCUAUUUACUUAUUGAAAACCGGGGUACUGUAGUAGCGGUCGUCGCCCGCUCUAUGCAGAUAGGUAGGAGCGCUGUAAGGGAAUCUCAGCACGUGAAGGGUUACAUAUGCACGCCGUAUACAUAAACAUUUGUACGUAUAUGACGGGGACUCCAUGCACGACCAGAAGUAUGUGUGACUUCAAAUGACCACGCACUAACUUAAUAAUGCGUCAUCUAGCCCAGACAACAAGAUGACGUCAAAACGUGCAUUACCAGAUGAUAAUACUGCGAGCAACGAUGUGUUGCUAGGCAACGAAUCUGACGUCACAUGUGGUUGGUUUAAUUGGCGACCAAAAUGUCUUCAGGUAUUUAGCUCGGCCAAGUGGCUGGUGGCCUUCCUAUGCAUCGCCAACUGCGCCCAGUCCAUGGUGGCCGGGGGUCUCCUCUCAACUGUCAUAGGGACGCUGGAGAAGCGGUUCCAACUCACGAGCACCCAGACCGGUAUCAUCUCGUCCAGCUACGACAUGGGGACAGUCCCCGCCCUCUGCGUCAUUGCCAUCAUAGGGAGACGAACCAACAGGCCGCGGUUCAUAGCGGCUGGCCUAACCCUGGUCGCCAUAGCAACCUUUAUGUUCAGUCUUGGUCAUUUUACAACAGGACGAUAUGUGUCGACUGCGGCGUCAUCUGUUGACGAGAAUAUUUGCGUUUUGAACUCCACGUCUACUGCAGGGUGUGGCCGGGAAGAGUUGGCUGAUUUCUCAGGAAAAGGAUUGUCGAAUUAUUUUUAUUUGUUCGUUUUGUCGUAUUUCCUUGUUGGAAUAGGGUCCUCCCCAAUAUAUACCGUGGGUGUGACAUUCAUGGACGACUGUCUCACCAAGGAGAACGCUUCUUUUUGUAUAGCCGUAUUCUACGCCACUGGUGUUCUAGGCCCGGUGCUGGCCUACAUCCUUCAGGCGGUCAUCGUGGAGGAGGUCUACGUGGAUGCGGACGUUCUGAGCGCAGCAAGUUUAUCUGUAGAGAAGGGGAGCAACGCCUGGCUCGGCGCUUGGUGGAUUGGGUAUAUUAUAGCAGCGUCUCUUGUGGCGAUGAUGAUUCUCCCUAUAGGUGGACUUCCGCAAGACAUGCCAGGCGCGAAAAAAAUCCGGGAAAGUAAAAUAUCAGAAGUUCACACCUCUGCAGACGACAACUCCAAUGACGUCAUGACCACCACGCCUACAGGCCUUGAAACCAAGGUAACCGCCAAGCAGUGCUGUCAAUCAAUACAGGUGCUCUUCACCAAUCCCGUGUACAUGUUCAUCACAGCGAGCGCCAUCUGUGAGCAGUUUAUUGUGAGCGGAUUCACGUAUUUUGGGCCAAAAUAUAUUUCUGAGCAAUUCUUGACAUCUGAAGGACUAGCCGGAUCACUGUGGGGUGCAGUCGCCAUUCCCGGCGCGGUGGGAGGGACAGUGGCAGGUGGAAUCGUCAUCAAGCGGUACCGUAUGACCUGCAAGACCAUUCUGAAAACAAAUUUCUUUCUCGUCUUCAUUUCUCUCCUGUUCGUCCCAGUGUUUUUUCUACAGUGCCCAAAUCUGGAGUUUGCUGGGAUUACUACGGGAUAUCACAAUGGCAGUGACGUUGGCUUCACCAGUGUAUGUAACACAGACUGCGGCUGCUCUGAUCUCCAGUACAACCCUAUCUGUGGAUCAGACCUGGUCACCUACUACUCCCCCUGCCACGCAGGCUGUCUCAACUGGACCACGAUAGGGGGCGCCAAGACGUAUACGAACUGCAGAUGUGUAGCAGCGAGACCAUCAGUGAAUGCGACUGCCGUAGACAAUGCCUGUACUGGCCUGUGUCCAGUGGCGCCACUGGUCGGCUAUCUGGCCAUACUCCUCAUACUUAUGUUAUUGGUGUUUGCCGCCAGUGUUUGCGGAAUUAUGGGAACGUUAAGAUCAAUCCCGAGCUCAGAGAGGGCAGUCGGGAUAUCCGUCCAGUGGAUUCUUCUAAGGAGUUUUGGUUUUAUCCCCGGUGGCAUUGCAUUCGGGCAUUUCUUCGAUAAAACAUGUCUUCUGUGGCAGACGACAUGCGAUGAAUCAACAACCAGUGCUUGCCUCUUUUACGACAACUGGUCGCUAGGUGUGCACAUGUUGAUAGUCUGCGGUGUGUUAAAGACAACGUCUCUGUUAUUCGUCACGCUGGCAUGGAAGCUUUAUAAACCACCACUGCCGCCAGAUUUCAAUUACGACAAUGGUCAGGCGGUCAAUGAAGAGACAGACAACACUCGCUUGUGAUACAUGUCGUGCUCUCCAAAAACAUGUGAUCACCAUGAAUUUCCUUUUUUAGGACAUUCUGUUUUUUAUUUAUGUAUACUGACAGAGAAAGGCAUCUUCUUCACGCCAUAUGUGACAUUUUAUAAGCAGUAUUUUACUUAACAUACAGUACAUAUCGGCGGAGCAGGCCUGAAGAUUGCAUUUCAUUAUUUUUAGCAUUUCGUAUUUUUAUGCAUUCCACAUACAUUGUAACAUAUGCUAAAAGCAAAAUACCUAUAUGUUUAUGUCAAUACUUUUACAAAUGAAAAUACAAUGAAUAACAUUUUUUUAAAAACGUUUUGAGUUAUGACUAAUACAAACUUAUACAGAGUCAUAAUUUGAUGGACGGAUGAUUAUAUCAAAGUGGCAAAGUGUAGGAUCUUUAACAGGUGCGAAGUACAAAAGCUUAUUCUUGUUUAAUCUAUUUGAG